GGCACCUCCCCGAGUCCCUCCCACCCACGGCGCUCCCCUGCCGUCUCCAUCCAUUUCCUUUCCCAUUAUAUACACCAGACGCGUUCAGCUCUUUCUCCAUUCCAUUUUUCUCAUCGUCGUCCAAAAGCAAAAGGAAAAAAAAAAUAUAUCUGGGGGAAGAUAUUGGAAGAGACGACGUAGAGGAAGUACCAGAAUGGAAGGGAUAACGCUCACCGGAGUUCUCGCGGAGGCCGCUGGAGAAUUCCCCUCCCAGCGAGCCCUCUCGGUCCCUGGCAAGAUCGAGCUCACCCACGCCCGCCUCCGUGACCUCAUCGACUCCGCCGCCGCCCAUCUCGUCUCCUCCGGCGUCCGCCCCGCCGACGUCGUCGCCCUCACCUUCCCCAACACCGUCGAGCUUGCUUGGAUAUCCGUGCAGUUGGUGAUCAUGUUCCUCGCCGUGAUCCGCGCCCGGGCCGUGGCCGCGCCGCUCAAUCCGGCGUACACCCAGGAAGAGUUCGAGUUCUAUCUCACGGAUUCCGAGGCGAAGGUUUUGAUAACGAACUCCGAGGGGAACGCCGCCGCGGCCUCCGCGGCGGCGAAGCUCCAGAUCCCCCACUCGACCGCCGCCCUUCCCGACCCCGCCGGCCCGGUCCAGAUCUCCCUUCCUCACAGGCCCGACUCGAUCGCCGACUCGGUCUCGGCGAUCAUCAACGAGCCGGCCGACGUUGCGCUGUUCCUCCACACAUCCGGCACCACGAGCCGGCCUAAAGGAGUGCCGCUGACCCAGCAAAACCUGGCCGCCUCCGUCAACAACAUCCGGUCCGUGUACCGUCUCACCGAGACCGACUCCACCGUGAUCGUCCUCCCCCUCUUCCACGUCCACGGCCUCCUCGCCGGCCUCCUCAGCUCCCUCGCUUCCGGUGCCGCCGUCGUCCUCCCCGCCUCCGGCCGAUUCUCGGCCUCCACCUUCUGGUCCGACAUGCGCGCCGCCGACGCCACCUGGUACACCGCCGUCCCUACCAUCCACCAGAUCCUCCUCGACCGCCAUUUUACCCGGCCCGAACCGGACUACCCAAAACUCCGGUUCAUCCGUAGCUGCAGCGCGUCGCUGGCCCCGGCGAUCUUGGCCAGGCUCGAGGAGGCGUUCGGGGCGCCGGUCUUGGAGGCGUACGCGAUGACGGAGGCGUCGCAUCUGAUGUCGUCGAACCCGCUGCCGGAAGACGGGCCGCACAAACCCGGUUCGGUGGGCCGACCGGUGGGGCAGGAGAUGGCGGUUCUGGAUGAGGAGGGGGCUCGCCAGACGGCACACGUGCCGGGGGAGGUGUGCAUCCGUGGGCCCAACGUCACCAAGGGCUACAAGAACAACCCGGAGGCUAACGAAUCCGCCUUUAAAUUCGAGUGGUUCCACACCGGAGACGUCGGGUUCAUGGAUUCCGAUGGAUACCUCCAUCUCGUCGGUCGGAUCAAAGAGCUCAUCAACCGUGGAGGGGAGAAGAUAUCGCCGAUAGAGGUGGACGCGGUGUUGUUGUCGCAUCCGGACGUGGCGCUGGCAGUGGCGUUUGGUGUGCCGGACGAUAAAUUCGGCGAAGAGAUAAAUUGUGCGGUGAUACCGAGGGAAGGUGCGAAAUUGGAGGAGGAGGAGGUUUUGAGGUAUUGCCGGAAGAAUUUGGCGGCGUUUAAGGUGCCGAAGAAGGUGUUUAUAACGGAAUCGCUGCCGAAGACGGCGACGGGGAAGAUUCAGCGGCGGAUAGUGGCCGAGCAUUUCGUGGCGUUGCAAGCUUCAAAGGCUGGAGCGUAGAGAAAAAUAAGAAGCUCUUUUUUGGGAGGAAAAAAAAAAGAAAAGAGAAGAAAACAGAGUUUACUAUGUGUUGUAUGAAAAUGCUGAACAUUAUUCUCACAGCAUACCAAUGGAUUUUAGAUGAUGCAUUCGGAAAUGCAAACUUUCUCGCCGUCAUCAUGAUGAUAUUACGUAA